UUUACGUCGAUCUUGAGAGUGUCAUCAACGCUUCUUGUGAUCGAGACGUCGACUGCUGAUGACGCAAUGAAACGCGACAGUCUCGUGUGUUUACAUCCCAAGCCAAAACGAGUUAUUGUUUCUUGUAAAAUGUGACAAAAAAUUAAGUGUGAUUAUUGGUGAUUUAUAUUUUUAAUUGUGGGGGGAUUGCGUUCUUGUUUAUCUGUGUCUGAAUGCGGCAUUGACAUGGACUUCUGCAGGAAACAAGUGAAGUCAGACACCGAGGAGCUGCUGGAGCGUUUCCGGCUAACUCAGUCGGUCCGCUUUGAUGAUUUCUCAGACAUUUGGCGAGAGAUGAAGUUUUCUCACAUUUUUUACGGUACAAAGCAAUAUGAGAAGCGGCUUUUCAGCCGCAUGGUUUUAGACUCAGCCAGCAGCUUCUUUUUUCCUCCAUUCAGCUUCCAGAUCCGUGUUGGAGGACUAUACUUGCUUUACAGCUUGUAUAAGUGCCAGACUGCCUCACCCCCAGAGCAGAUCCGUCUAGCCCUGAAAGACUGGGACGAGGUCAAGAAGUUUGAAAGAGAUGCAGUGGACGCUCAACACUUUGAUGUUGUUUACAUCCUCCAACAGCUGAUGUCCUGCAAAGGCUUCAAUUUUACUGCUAUGCCCAACUUGCUUUUCUAUGAUAGGAAGAAGAAGGUGGAGAGGUCUGUGUUGUGUGAGCAGUUCAUGGAACGAGCGUCCCGUCCACAGGAACUCAUCAAUGUUGGGCUGCUUGAGGAAAUGUCCAAUGUUCAGAACAUAUAUGAAAAUAUGAAGACAUCAGUCAUCAGUCAGAUGACAGCAGGGGAGGAUUUUUCCGUAAACAUAGUCCGUAAAGACCUUGUGUCUCGGCUUCGCAGCACUGUCCUGGAUUACUAUAUGUGGCAAAAGAAGGACAGUGUUGAUGCCGAGGGAGAAAGCAGUGAAGGAACAUCAUCACAGCAGGAGUGCAGCAAAAGAGCCGACCUCCUCGCGUCCAUCAAAUCAAAAGCAUUUGGAGAAGCCCCAGAGGCCUCUAAAUCAAGACGGCAUCGUCAAGUGGAACUGGAUACCUCAGCUACGGGUGCUGAGCGCGCCACCAUGUCAGGAUACACCCGAAUUUCCAUACAAUCACUCAAAGCCAGAACCAAUGAAAGCGUCCAUAUUUCAGAUGAUUUGUGGAAAGACAACACAACGACCACUCAGAUCGAGCGUCUUACCAGGCUGGAAUCAGAAGAAUCACCAAAGAAGUUUAAACGAUUUAAACGGUGAUGAUGGAAAUCCAGUAGACUCAACCUGCUGUUCUAAUGCCUAACUGGCACAGUAUAGUUUUAUGCAAUGUACAAAAUAUCUAUUAUUGGAUAUACUUUUUCAGCUAAACAUAUUUAGCCUGGGUAAAGAUUGUCCAUUGUUUCUUUUAAGUAACGUUUGCCACAGAAAUAUUGCCUUUAAGACGAUUUUAUCUUGGCUACCAGGUUGUUUCCUGCUUUUCCUAGCAUCUAAAAACAAAAGUCAUAAGAUAAUGCAUUUGGAGCUUAAUUCUUUUCAUCAACAUAAAAUUGCUUCUGUAUUGUACUGAAUGUACUUUCACUGUUUUUCUUAUAUAAAAGUUUUUUUAAGUUGUCA